UGUCAAAAAAUCCUCACUGAGACGAAUUCAACAAAGUUUAAGGGCACUAAUCUGAAGUGGUAAAUAAUAAAUGCGAUAUAAAUGUAAUACUUGUGUGGUCCGUCCAGGGUUCAAAAAAUAUCAGUUGCUCAGGUAGGUGGCACGGAAAAUGUGUUCAGAAAUAGACUGUAACUCUGAUGGGCCAAUCAGAAGCAGUCUUAAGUUUAAAGAGGGGUGAACGUAUUAACCUUCAGCUCUUCCACCGCUGCAUUUUAAAGUGCAAUGACUUCUCAAACCUUGGUUUUGUACUCAGCAACUCUGCUUGUGGUGGCUAUGGCUCAUUCGACAGACUUGACACAGACAUCGCCACUUGUUUACUCAGUAGAUGUUGGAAACAACGCUGCUUUGCAAUGCCUCUGCCAAGAUGACUCAGCUGUGAUGUUUUACUGGUACAAACAAAUUCUGGGACAGGAACCAAAGCUCAUGUGUACAAUCUACAAACAUACCAACACUGCAGUUUUUAAAGAGGAGUUCAACAACUCUCGUUUCUCACUGGACACUGGAAAUCACAGGAACGUUGUGCUGCAGAUAUCAGAUGUGAAGAUUUCAGAUGCUGCGACUUUCCACUGUGUACGGAGCAAUUUAAAUGAUUAUGAAUUUUGUGAAGGAACUACACUCAGCGUAAAAGGUUCGGGUCCUACUAUUGAGACUUUGGUCCAUCAGUCAGAAUCUGAGAACAUCAAGCAAGGAGACUCUGUGAGUCUGAAAUGUACGGUACAAACUGGGAGCUGUGGUGGACAACACAGUGCUUACUGGUUCAGAAACUCUGAAGAAUCCCAUCCUGGACUCAUUUACACUCAGGAGAACAGGAGUGAUCCCAGCACACAAACACACACAUGCGUGUACAACCUGCCCAUGAAGGACCCUAAUGGGACCUACUGUGCUGUUGCCUCCUGUGGAGAAAUAUUGUUUGGAAACAGAACCAAGCUGGACUCUGAAGGUGAAGUUUUCUCUCUUGUCUUGGUUUAUCUCCUGAGUGGAGCGCUGACAUUCACCACCCUGCUGGCAGCAACACUGGCCUUCUCAGUCUUCAAAAUGAACAAAAGGCAGCAUGCAGAUUCCACUGAAAUAUCUUCAAUAACUGCUUACCCAAAUAUGCAGGAAUCCCAAGAUGGAGAAAACCUUCAAUAUGCUUCUGUAAGUCAUCAAACGACCAACAUAUCAAGAACAAAGACGGAUGGAGCAUUCAGAGAAUGUGUCUAUUCCAGUGUCCUUCUACUAAUGGGGAGCUUCAUGCAGAUAACAGUUAUACUUCUCUGCAGCCGCAGUUGGAUCUGUGAGUCUCUAACUGUGGAGGUCCAUCCUGGUGAGGACAUCACUCUGUUCUGCUCCAACCUUUCUUCAUCUCCAACCCAGACAGACUGGUUCAGAGUGAUUCAUGGAACCAAACCCAGCUGCAUCUCCUCCAUGUACGGUUCUGAAGGUGAACCUUCGUACUGCCAUGGAUUCCAAAGUGAAAAAUUUAACAUGAGCUCCAACAAGACGACUGUCUUUCUUCAAAUCAAACAAGUGGACCUGAUGGACUCCGGGUUGUAUUUCUGUGGAUUUUAUAUAAAGAAACAUGCAGUUGUUGGCAGUGCAACAGAGUUGAUCAUUAAAGCUAAUGAAGACUCCAAAGACGAGGAGGAUUCUGAUAAUAAAAAAGCUGCUGACCAACUGACGGACCUGAUGCCUGGGAUUUUAGGUGCUCUGACUGUUGUUCUCUCUGUAGCAGUCGUUGUUCUGGCUGUUAAAAACAGGAGACUGGAGAGAGCUUCAAAGGUAAAGCUGCAAACAGAAAGAAACAAGAAUGUGGAUCCAGAUGAUUUGAACUACGCAGCUCUCAGUUUCCAAGCAAAGGCCAAAAAAAGUCACAGAUCUGGACCUCAGAGGGAACUGGAGCCACAUGUUGUGUACGCUGCCACCCGAUAGACUCAGGAAGCAACAGGAACUGUAGAGGAAAAUGAA